AUGAGGUUAACCAGGUGGGCCUACUCGUUGUACCAGCGUAUUUCUCCAAAUGGAAGCACUGGCGCGAGCAGCGACCUCAGUGAGUCAACUAGUGGCUCUGCUUCUCCGAAUUUGGAAGGCGGGAAUUAUGACUUAUCGAGGACGGCGCUUUCGCAAACACCGUCGGAGGUGUCACAGAAGAAGCCCAGGCCGGCAAGUGUGGCACCCGACACGAACCGAGGGGACAAGAAGAAUGCUGAGCGCAUGCAUGCUACUGGGCGAGAGUCGUGCCGAAUCCCGACAGCGAUAUACUGCGUGGGGCUAAAAACAGCAUUGCAAAAUGAGAUAGUUACGGGAUCGAGUCCGCACGACUCAGCAGAAGGGCAUGUGGCGGGAGUCGGUCUUCCGAACGAUAGCUACCUCACAUCAGCAGGAGGGGCGCCCGCAGCUUCGUAUCUUCUGGUGGCAGCCACUUCCGACGCCGGAGAAAACACUGCGGCAUACUCGAGAGAGCAAGGAACGGUCUACGUGGGGAGGCAACCAGGCACAGGCCACCUGGCUCUGCGUCACGAAGAGAGAAUCCAGACUGCUGUGGAUCAACAUGCGUUGGGCGGCGCUGGUGAAUCAGGUUGGGUGACUGCUCAGUCGGAGUUGGAAAGGAGCGGCAGGCGACGACAGUCAGUCGGGAACCUGCCGAAGGAAGCUCAGCGUGUUGUGGUGCCUCGUCGUCCUCUGCGCGUUGUAGGAAACGGGACGGGCAGCGGCGUCUGCGUUGACGAUUCGGCCUUCACCGUUGCUGUUGUAGAGAACAUGACACAUUUUGGCGAAACACUCAAUGUUAAAGUACCUUCGUCAGCGGUCGACUUCCUCCUGUCCAACGAGGCAGCGGUCGGGGAUCUACCUAACCAGUUUCAAGGGGAAGGUUCCAGGGCCACUGUUCUAAUUCCCCUCAGGGAGAAUGCCACAAAACCCAAUGCAGUAAAAGCUUCCUCAACGGCGCAGAGACGACGCAGAACCAUGGAGCGAUCCAACUUGGAAAAUAUGGUUGCGCCUGGAGAUUUGGUUGUUUUGUUGUGCCUCCGGAAAGGAGACGCGAUCUUUGCUGUCUCUGCUGACUAUACGAAGAUGCUGUCAGCAGAAAGUAACGGCCCCUGGAACGAAGAUGUGGUGGUAGAAAAGGCGUGGGGAUCUCCCCAGCAUUCAUCCGCGACCGGCUUUCUUCUUCACGUUUUAAUCAGGGCUCCAGAGCGCCGUGACGGGGUCAAAACCAUGAACCGCGUCGGAACGUACCAGACAGGAACUUCCGGCAAAGAUUUCGUGGUCGGAUCUCCCUUGUACUUCAUGAAACUCAGAAGUCUUCAGGUGACUCACGCCGUUCCCUAUGGAGUGGCCUUGGGAGAUCUCUUGCAGGGAAGCACAUGCAGGAUCUUGCAGGUGGAUGAGGCCCAGAGGGCGGUGAGGGCGAAGACCAAGAGGAUCGAACUCGCGUGCUUACAGAUACCGAAGAACUCUCCUAUCAGCCGGCAAAAGCUACAGGAUCUUCCGGCAAAUUUAGGGCGACAGCUAAGGAAAGUUACAGCAGGCGCCCUGUUUACGUGCCUCGUAGGUACAGCGAUGGCUGCGCGUGGUUACUCUGUGGCGCGCGAACCAUAUUUACCGGCUCUUCCACUGGGGCGUGCCACAGCUUUGCGUGACCACCCCACGACAGCGACUCGAGGUCGCUUUUCGAACGCGUACUUGCGAUGGAAAGAUACCACUCGGAAGUGGUACCGGAGAUAUCGCGGCUGGACAGAUUUUCGCAGGGCUGUAUUUACAGCAGCUCAGCCUGAGACUAAGCGACCGGGCGGAGGAUACAUUCUGGGAGCUGUCGGAGGAAAGAUCAUGGCUUACUCAGCAGCCAUAGGUCUUGCGGCUGUAACAGGGAUCGCUCUCAAUGCAGUAUUUGGCUGGUGGGCGCGGCGCUUCGACGCGCGAAGGGCAGUGCAGGCGCGAGAAAGACUACUGCUGGCCCGACAAAAGGAGCGAAGCCAGACUCUGUCGGCUCGAAAAGCGGAAUCCGAGAGCGCUGCGCUAAUAAUCGUUUACUGUUCAGGCCUCGAGACCGAGUUGCAGCAGCAUCUCACAACAGGUGCCAACGAAACCGACCAUGUUCAGACAUAG